AAUAAUAUUAAUAAAAGUAAGAGCAUCAGCAACCGUGAACCUGCGCACAAAUUCUUAGAAAUAGUAAUUAGAAUUUUUUUAUUGUUUUUUUUUUUUUUAGCUGAAAAGAAGAGAUAAUCAUUCUAGGCCCACAAACAGUGACAAUACUGCAUAAGAAUGAAUCCUUAAGCAAGGAUUAUUUGAACCUUUGGUGACACAGAAACCUAAAAACACGGGCCCCACAUAAUUAUUUUAUUAAUUUUUGAACAGUUAAGGAUUACUUUAAAUCCUGCGUUGCAGGUGCUCUAAUAUUUUCGUGAAUAUAAAACGUCCGUGAAAUCGAAUAUAAGUAUGUAUUACUAGCUUUCAUGUUGGGGUUCCUUGAAUAGACCAUUUAAGGUAAGGGUUUCCUAAACAGAAAAAGAAUUAAUCUUAGUGAUGGUGACGGCUUGGUUCUGAUUGGCAGGAAUUCAAAGUUCCAUGAUGUUUUUUAAUAUAUAUAUAUAUAUAUGCUUAUAACAAAUCUACCUUUGUAUUAUUUAUUUUCGCAUUUUUAAUACUACAAAUGCCAAUCAUCUUCAAAUCUCUUUUUACUUUUGUUGACAAAGAAUCAUCUUUAAAUCUCGAAGUUAGGUCUAGCCUAUAAAAUUUUAAUAAUCAAAUAAAAAUAAAACUGAAUAUUUAAUUUUAUUUUUUUGAAAUAAUCUUAAAUGACGUCCAAUUUUAAACGAAGAUAGUAUACUAAGUCAUGAACUUAAUGAAUAUAUAUAUUAUAUAUAUAAGAUAUAAUAGGGGUGUCAAAAAAAAUAAUAUUAAGGUGUAUUAAUUAUGAAAACAGUGCUGCUAAAAGAUAUUAGGACAACCGUGCCUGCGCGUUUCUUCUGAUUGCCGAAUGGCUAGGAAAAGCUGCGAUCAAGGAGAAUAGAACUUUCCAUUUUAGGAAAGUUUUCGAGGGUGAACUCUCUUUCUCUUUUACGUUUGAAGCCAAAAACUAAUUGUGCAAAGUAUAAUACGGCGGACAAAUUGAUGUUCCGUGUGUUUAUACAAAGGAUUCAACUUAAUUGAAAUUACUCCUAUUUUUCAAAGAUUGAAUUUACAUUUUUAAAUUUAAAACUUUAGUUGUUGUAUUUGAAAAUAAAAUAAAACAUAACAUAAACUGCAAAAAUAAGUGGUGAAAUAUUUAUUAAGAAACAGAUAAAACAAUUAAACAAUUAAAAUAAAAAUUAAUAAAGAAAUAUAAGAAUAUAAAUAUUUUUAGUAUGUAUAAAUAAUCAAAACUCAUUUUUAAUAACAGAGAUAAUAUAUUAUUACGGGAUAUAUUUGAGAAAUUACCAAAAAUAUCACGUUCAUAAUAUUACUUUCAUGUUUAUCUUAACCAUUUUUAUCAUCUAUUUUAAAGAGAGAAAAUACAUUUAUAACCCUAUGGAUAACUAAUAUAGAUUUACAGUUUAGAGUUAAGGGUAUGAUUUUUGGAAUAUAGAGUUUAGGCAAUUAAUAAAUAUAUAAUUAAACACUUAAUUUAAAAAAAAAUAAAAAAUAGUUUCAAAAUGAAUUUUCGAAUUUCAAAAAGAAAAUUUGAAAAAAAAUUAGAAAAUUCAAAAAAAUUAUAAAAAGUUCAAAUUUGAAAAAGUAUAAUUCAGAAAACAUAAAAAAAUUAAUUUUUAAAUUUAUUUAAAUAAUUAUUUAUUAUAUAUAUAAUAAGGAUAUAAGAGUCUUUUUCCUUUUAAUGGAUAACAUAUUUUUGAAAAUAUUUUUUAAUAUUGUAAACAUGAAUAAUGAUACCAACAAAGUGGUAAGCAUGAAAAUUCUUCAUAUGUGUUUUGAUCUAAAAUAACAUAAGAUUUAAAACUUGUUCCCAAGUACAUAGUGAAUACACAGAAAUUUUAGAGUCUAUUACUAACAUUCAAACAGUUUUACUCACCUCUUUUAACAAAAUACAUGCGUCUUCUUUUUCUGUGGUUGUCAUAGUUGGUAUUAAAACAUCUCCAACCCCACUCUAUAUUUUACUCUAAAAUUAAAAAAAAUAAGGUGGAAAAUGAAGUAAUGAACAAAAGAUAAAAUGAUUACUCCAUUUAUAGAGUAAUGCUUUUAUUUUUUGUUUAUCACUCUAUUUCCCAUUUCAUUUUUUUCUAUUUUGAAGUAAAAUAUAGAGUGGGAUUUGAGAUGUUAUAACAUAUGUAAUUUAAAUACACCCGGAAGAAAUAACAUUCCAGAUUUCCAUAAACUAAAAAUAUUAUAAUAGGUAGAUAUUACUUUAAGAAUACAUUCUUACUUUAAGAACUAGCUAUAUAAGUGUCCAUGUUCUAACAUUAGUCUUGAGCAUCGAGCCAUACAGUUUUGUGAGGUCCUCUACCCUUCGAUCAAUCCAUCUUAAAUUACACGUUUCUCCCUUGUUUUCUUGAGAAGAAAGCUACCCCUUAACUAAGCAUACGCUUUAAAAGCUCUCAAGGUUUCAGUGAUGGUGAAUCGUGGUAGUUCAGUCACACUUUUGUCUGGUUUUCUUAUAAUUCUUCUAGUGAUACAACUACACUUUGAUCCCACGACGGCAGCUCGACAUGCACCUGUUGUUUCCUGGUCACCACCUGAGCCGCAUAAAGAUGAUUUUGUGUGGUACCACAAGAUCAACCGCUUCAAGAACAUAGAACAAGAUGCGUUUAGGCCAACUCACCAAGGUCCUAGUCAAGGUAUUGGACACAAGAGCCCUCCUGGUGUGUCUUAAAAUACACAUUUGGUUCUGAAGAGGGUACCGCUUUGUCGCUCGGAGUUCGUGUUUGUUUUUGAUAUUUUGUGUGCCGUUUUACGUUGGGUAAAAGAAAAGAAGAAGAAAAAAAAGAGAAGAAGUUGCAUACCAGUUUCUUGUGGGGAGUAUAUGAACGUGAAUCGAACAAGAAAAUGACUUCAGAGUGUGUUUUUCUUAUAAGUGAUACUUUGUCCUUUACGAAAAGGCCAUGAAGAUAUCUCUUGGUUGCUUAUUUGGGUGUUUUUGUUCUAUGAAGAGACUUGAGAUUUCCUCUCUUUUUUAGUAAAUGUAUAUUUUCUCAGUUUAAAAUAAAAUUAAUGGGGGUAUUCCAGGUUAAUCAAAAGCAAAUUUAAUGAUUUUGAUGGCAUAAUUUUAUUAUCUGCGAAACAGUUAGAUAUUUGUUUUAACUAAAUUUUAUAGUUACAGAUAUGAACAUGAAAUUUUAAAUAUUUUUGAACAUAUCUUAUAUAUUAAAACAGAAGUCACAACUUUGAUUCAUGUAUGAUUUUUUUAAAAAUGGACCCUCACUAGAAAUUAGUUAAUUCAUUUAUUACUAAUAAUAUAGAUUUAUAAUAUAUCAUUCCUAAUAUAACAUCCACUCCUAAAAAUCCGGAUGGGUUAACAACCUCACCUUGAUUCAUGUGUGAUAUUUUGAUUUGGAUCAUUAUUUAAAAUUUGUAUUAAAUGUAUUUCUUUAAUGCUAAUAUAUAAUCUUUUAACUACUUAAAUCAUAAUAUAAUUUGAUAUCUUUUAAUUUA